AUGGAGUCAAAAAGCAACGUCCAGUGUGAAAUCAGGCUCUACAAGCCAGCAGAUAAAGACGGCGUCAUCUCCCUCUUUCGCUUCGGCAUGAUGGAGCACAUCUACCCAGCGUUUUUCCAGGCCAUGACCAACCCGGACCACAUGGGGGUGACGUUGAGCAUCUCCAUGGCGGGGUACGUGCUGGGGGGCAGCUCGUACUUCAUGGCUCUGCUGGCGGGCGGAGCGUGGGCGGGGCUGGUGUACUACUGCUGCUUCGAGAUCUACGAUGCCCACCUGAGGGAGCGCUUGCGCACGGUCAUGGCCGACAUCCCGGGCCACUUCCUGGACAGGCCGGACAGCUGCUUCUGGGUGGCGGAGGCCCAGGUCCGGGGCAGGCCCAAGGUGGUGGGGAUGGUGGCGGUGUUGGGGAGGAGGGAGGAGAAGGAGAGGGGCGACGGCACUAACGGCGGAUUCGACGAAGGGGACGGGAGCUACGCCGAGGUGAUCGGGACCGUGGUUUCGUUCCCGCGGCGACGCCAGGGCCUGGGCUUGCAACUGGCUCAGACCGCGCUGGCUUUCUGCCAGGAGCGCGGCUUCGACCGCGUUGUUCUGGAGACCAGCUCGGCGCAGACCGCCGCGCUCGGCCUCUACCGCAAGCUGGGCUUCGAGCACACGUUCACCCACGCCAACACGCACGCGCACCGCUGGGUCACCAGGCUGGCCAGGCUCAGCAUGAUGAGGAUGGAGAUGGCACUCUGA